CUCUUUCUUUCCUCGUUAUACACAUAUGUCAUAUGCAUGUUUUACACGUUUUAAGUAAGAAUAAACUCUAACAUGAAAUGAAAGAAGUAUGCUAUAUGCCACAUAGGUGCAACAUAUUCAUGUAAUAGGUCGCUAUAUCGGAUUACUCACUCAGACGAGCUAACCACCAUUAAAUCGGGCAUCAUGGAUUCACUGACACAGAUCAACACCUACCACUCCUUUGUGAAAAUGGUUGGCGAUCAAACAGCGAAGGAAAACCGCCUAAAGGCGGCGCAGGAAAUCAGUGAGAAUCUCGAGGCGAUUAUCGUCUCUCCGCACUACCCUUCCUUCCUCGAGCACAUGAUUAAGACCUUCCUCAAGGUGCUGCAGGAGGAGGACCCGCAGUUCAUCUCCGAGUUCAACAUCCAACAGCUGCGCAAGCUCACGCUCGAGGUGAUCCAUCGGAUGCCGACGAACGAACACCUGCGGCCGUUCGUCAAGCAGGUGCUCAGCGCGAUGUUCAAGCUGAUUCAGGUUGAGAACGAGGAGAACGUGCUCGUCUGCCUGCGCAUCAUCAUCGAACUGCUGAAGCAGUACCGGCCGCAGUUCGCGCCGGAGAUCCAGACGUUUCUCGCCUUUGUGAAGAGCAUCUACAAGGAGUUCCCGAACCACGUCGCCGCGAUCUUCGAGCCGAAAUCGCCGAUCAAGGUCGCUGACAUUCUCGACAUCAGCAUCGAGACGCUGCUCACAGAGACGUUCACGAUGACGACUGUGCAGACGGAGAAGAAGAAUGCAGACGGCACGCCGACUGCGUACAACCUCAUACCGAAGGCCGUCUGCUCGCUGAAGGUGAUGGCUGAGCUGCCAAUUAUCGUCGUACUCAUGUACCAGCUGUACAAGCAGAACGUGCAGCAGGACGUUGCUGAGUUUGUGCCGCUCAUCAUGAUGACGAUCAUCCUGCAGCCGGCGCCACAGCACCGCGUCAACCCGGCCUUCAACAAGGAGCUGUUUGUCGACUUCAUCGCCGCGCAGAUCAAGACGCUUUCGUUCCUCGCCUACAUCAUCAAGUCGUACCAGGACGUCGUCGGGCAGCACGCCGCCCACCUCGUCAAGGGCAUGCUGUCGCUGCUCUCGCUGUGCCCACACGAGGUCGCACACCUGCGCAAGGAGCUGCUCAUCGCCGCACGCCACAUCCUCGCCACUCACCUGCGCGUGCGCUUUGUGCAGCACAUCGACCGGCUCUUCGACGAGAACGUGCUGAUCGGCGGCGGCUGGACGGCGCACGAGUCGCUGCGGCCGCUCGCGUACAGCACGCUCGCCGACCUCGUCCACCACGUGCGCAACCACCUGUCGCUGACCGACCUCGGGCUCGCUGUGCACCUGUUCUCGAAGAACGUGCACGACGACUCGCUGCCGAGCAGCAUCCAGGCGAUGUCCUGCAAGCUGCUGCUGAACCUCGUCGAGUGCAUCAAACAGAAGAGCGAGCAGGAGAGCGGCAACGGGCGCGAGCUGCUGAUCCGCAUGCUCGAGGUGUUUGUGCUCAAGUUCAAGGUCAUCGCCAAGGUGCACCUGCCGCUCAUCCUGCAGAAGUGCAAGCCGACGUCCGCGCAGCCGCCGCCCGCGAUGCAGGUCGGUGGGCUCGGCCAGCACACUGGUUCACAGACGAGCAUCGGCUCAAAGCCGCCGACACCGACCGCGCCGCUCACGCCGACGCCUCAGCUGCUAGUUGGGCUGCAGCCGGCAGCGACAGCUGUUCCCACGGCGACGCCGCCCGAGGAGAAGUUCAAGAUUCUCGACAAGGACAAGGACGAGAAGCAGCGAUUCGGCAUGUCGCCGCUAAACAUCCUGUCGGUGCCGGACUGCCGCAGCCUCGUCAAGACGCUUGUCUGCGGAGUGAAGACGAUCACGUGGGGAACGGCGUCGUGUAAGGGCUCGAACGAUGCCGCCUUCGUGCAGAGCAAACACUUCCAGUCGAAGGAGACGCUCGUCUUCAUCCGGCUCGUCAAGUACGCGCUCGCCUCGCUCGACAUCUACACAAUCAACUAUUCGGCGUCGGGCCAGAUGUCGCUGCGCACGCCCCAGCAGCAGUCCGUUCGUUCAAAGGAGGAGAAGGAGGUGCUCGAGCACUUCGCUGGCGUGUUCACGAUGAUGAACCCGCAGACGUUCCGCGAGAUCUUCGCGACGACCAUCCAGUUCACGGUCGAGCGCAUCUACAAGAACUACACGCUGCAGAUCGUCGCGAACUCGUUCCUCGCGAACCCGACUACGUCGGCAACGUUCGCUACGAUCCUCGUAGAGUACCUGCUAGAGCGACUCGAGGACAUGGGCUCGAGCAUCGAGAAGUCGAACCUUUACCUGAAGCUGUUCAAGCUCGUCUUUGGCUCCGUGUCGCUGUUUGCUGACGAGAAUGAGCAGAUGCUGAAGCCGCACCUGCAUCGCAUCGUCAAGCGCUCGAUGGAGCUCGCUAUGCGCGCACAGGAGCCCUACAACUACUUCCUGCUGCUGCGCGCGCUCUUCCGCUCGAUCGGCGGCGGCAGCCACGACCUGCUCUACAAGGAGUUCCUGCCGCUGCUGCCGAGCCUGCUUCAGGGGCUGAACAGCCUGCAGAGCGGGCUGCACAAGCAACACAUGAAGGACCUGUAUGUGGAGCUGUGCUUCACUGUUCCCGUGCGCCUCAGCUCCCUGCUGCCCUACCUGCCGAUGCUCAUGGAUCCGCUCGUGUCGGCGCUCAACGGAUCGCAGACGCUCGUCAGCCAGGGCCUGCGCACGCUCGAGCUCUGCGUCGACAAUCUGCAGCCGGACUUCCUCUACGACCACAUCCAGCCGGUGCGCGCCGAGCUGAUGCAAGCGCUGUGGAAGACGCUGCGAAACCCGAACGACAGCAUCGCUAACGUCGCGUUCCGCGUGCUCGGCAAGUUCGGCGGUGGCAACCGCAAGAUGCUGAACGAGCCGCAGCGGCUGCAAUACAACGACAAGGAGACGCCGGGCCCGUGCGUCACCGUCUACUUCCAGGAGAUGAAGACGCCGAUCACACUGCCAGUCGAGCGCGCGAUCGCAGCCGCGCUCUCUGCCCUCAAGUCGGGCACGACUGAGUCGUACUACCGCAAGCAGAGCUGGGAGGUGAUCAAGUGCUUCCUCGUGUCGGCGAUCAACCUCGACGAUGAGAAGCACACGUUGCAGCAGCUGUUCUCGCACCCGAGCUUCGUCGAGCGCGAGAUAGCGCCGAUCCAGCCGCCGGCGUACAAGUGCGCCGACUGGGAGGCGCGCGGCGUGCACGUGCAGGCGCUGACGGGGCUGUUUGUCGCCGCGGCGAUCAAGGAGCUGCGCUCGGCCGUGCUGCCGACGAUGGCCUCGCUCGUGCGCCACUACACGAUGGUGGCCAUCUCGCAGCAGUGCGGCCCGUUCCCGAUGAACGAACGGCAGCACAAGCUGCAGGGCAUGGACUGCUGCGUGCUCAUCGACGCGCUCGCGAUCAUCAUGGGCCACGAGGAGAAGGAGCUGUGCAAGCCGGGCCACCUCGCUCUCGUGCUCAUCAUGGACAUCGCCAGCACGCUGCUCGGCUCGAAGGAACGCGCCUGCCAGCUGCCGCUCUUCGACUACCUCGUCGAGAAGAUGUGCGCGCUGUGCUACGACCGCGCGUGGUACGCGAAGAUGGGCGGCUGCAUCGCCAUCAAGUUCCUCUUCGAGCACAUGCCACUCAAGUGGGUGCUCGACCACCAGUUCGUCUUCCUCAAGGCGCUGCUCUUCGUCAUGAUGGACCUCACGAACGAGGUUUCGAGCGGCGCCGUCGACAUGGCGAAGUCGAACCUCGAGAAGCUGCUCAUGGAGUGUAGCGCGUCGAUCGAGUCGCAGGACGGCGCCGAGGAGCUGAUCGCCGCGCAGAAGAAGUCGUUUCACAGCGUGACGCACGAGCUCGUGCGGCAGGUGACGUCGCCGAACGCGACCGUGCGCGAGCAGGCGAUGCACUCGCUGCAGGUUCUCGCUAAGACCGUCGCCAAGUCGGUGACGGAGAUCAUGGAGCCGCACAAGGAGGUGCUCGUCGACAUGAUUCCUCCGAAGAAACACCUGCUGCGCCACCAGCCGGCCAAUGCGCAGAUCGGCCUCAUGGACGGCAACACGUUCUGCACGACGCUCGAGCCACGCCUCUUCACGAUGGACCUCGGCGUCGUAGAACACAAGGUGUUCUUCACCGAGCUGGUGAGCCUCUGCGAGGCCGACGACGCCGUCCUGCUCAAGCUGCCCUGCUACAAGUCGGUGACGAAUCUUGUGCCGCUGCGCAAGAGCGCGUUGUGCGCGCUUGCCGCGUGCCACUACAUCACCGCAUGCCAGGACAAGAUCUUCGGGCUUCUCUACAAGGCACUGAACUCGACGAACAGCGAGCUGCAGGAGGCCGGCUACGAGUGCAUGAAUAAGUUCCUCGCCGGCUGCCAGAUCGACAUGGAGAUCGUGCACAGCGCCAUGCGGCCGCUGCUGCUCAUGCUCGGCGACUACCGCAGCCUCAGCCUCAACGUCAUCCAGCGGCUCUCCUACCUAACGCAGCUCUUCCCAAACACGUUCCACGAGAAGCUGUGCGACCAGCUGCUCUGCCACCUGAACAAGUGGCUGGACGCGGCGAUCGCCGCUCAGAAGAGCGCCUCGGCGGCGGCUAAGAACAGCGGCGCCGAGCUGUCGACGUGCGUCGCGAUCAUCGACAUCUUCCACCAGGUGCCGGCGGCGAGCGCAAAGUUCGUCGAGCAGCUGACGCCGCUCGUGCUGAAGGCCGAGAAGACUCUGCUCGUCGAGGCGGGCAGCCCGUUCCGCGAGCCGCUCAUGCGCUUCCUCCUGCGCUUCCCGCAGCAGACUGUCGACAUGUUCCUCGCCGAGUCAAACGUCAAGGAUCAGCAGUUCACGCGCUACUUCCGCUACCUGAUCCGGCGUGACACCGGCGAGCCGUUCCGCGCCGUUCUCAAGUCCAACCCGAACCGGCUCAUCGCGAUGGCGUUCGGCACGAUCCAGGUGCAGGGUCAGAUGGUGCAACCGUCGAGUCCGUCCGGCACUGGCACGACGAAACACGAGCUCGAGUUCCAGGCGGUGCACAUCACUAGCAUCAUCGUCAACUUCGACGACAAGUGGCUGUCGUCGCAGACGCAGCUUGUCGCGACGUUCCGCAAGAUCUGGAUCGCCGACGCGUUCCAGGAUCGGCACCGCAAGCUCGACGGCGUCGACUUUGCGCACUGGUCCGGUGCAAAGCUCAUCGUCAAGUGUCUGUUGAACUACUGCAAGCAUCACCCGAACGACGUCGAGUUGCUCUACCAGCUGCUGCGUGCACUCACCGGUCGCUUCAUCCCACACUUCCAGGAGCUGCGCGAAUACCUCGAGACGAAGGUUGCGCACGACUAUCCGGUCGAGUGGAAGCGCAAGGCCUUCUUCAAGUUCGUCGAGAUCUUCCACGACCAGAACUUCCCGCAGACGCUGAAGGCGAAGAUCCUGCAGUGCGUCAUCAUCCCGACGUUCCAGUCGGCGUUCGAGCGCGGCGACGGUGAACGGCUGAUCGGGGGCCCGCCGGCGCCGGACCAGGACAGCAACGACAACGUCGUCAGCGUCUUCAUCAACCGCAUCAUCGAUCCGGAGAAGCCGUUCGGCACGUCGGACGCCGUGCGCAUUCUGCUGCUGCAGUUCUCGUGCUUGCUCGUCGAGCACGCGUCGCCGCACAUACACGACUCGGCGAACAAGAAGCAAGGCAACAAGCUGCGGCGGCUGAUGACGUUCGCGUGGCCGUGCCUGCUGAGCAAGAACUGCGUCGAUCCGACGACCAAGUAUCACGGUCACCUGCUGCUUGCGCACAUCAUUGCCAAGUUUGCGAUUCACAAGCGCAUCGUUUUGCAGGUCUUUCACAGUCUGCUAAAGGCACACGCGGUCGAAGCGCGCCUCGUCGUGCGACAGGCACUUGAGAUCUUAACGCCGGCGAUGCCCGCGCGCAUGGAGGACGGCAACGGCAUGCUCGCGCACUGGACGAAGAAGAUCAUCGUUGAGGAGGGCCACAUCCUCGCGCAGCUCGUGCACAUCCUGCAGCUGCUCGUGCGCCACUACAAGGUCUACUACCCCGUGCGGCACCACCUCAUCGCGCACAUGGUCACGUCGAUGCAGCGUCUCGGCUUCACGACGACCGCGCAGAUCGAGCAUCGCAAGCUCGCCGUCGAACUCGCCGAGGUCGUGCUCAAGUGGGAGCUGCAGCGCAUCAAGGACGAGCAGGAAUCGGGCGGCGACACAGCGAUAGCGCUGGCGGACGCCGACCUGGCGGUCGCGAGCCCGCAGACGAAGCGACCGGCGAGCGCCGAGCUGCCCGAGCCGAAGCGUGCGCGGCACUCGUCGUCGGGGACGACGCUCGCGACGGGAGACGGCAAGCCGCUGGACCGCGCGCACUGCGACACGGUCGUCAACUUCCUCAUCCGCAUGGCUUGCCACGUGAACGAGGCGGCGACGGCCGUCGGCUCUCCCGGCGAGCUGCUGUCUCGUCGCUGCGUCGCGCUGCUCAAGAUGGCGCUGCGGCCGGACGUGUGGCCGAGCGCCGAGCUGAAGCUGACGUGGCUCGACAAGCUGCUACUGACGGCGACGCGCGGUGACGCCGACGCCCCGCAACCGACCAACUUUGCGAACGUGUGCACGGGGCUGGAGAUCCUCGCGUUCCUCGUCGGCGCGCUCGCUAACGACGCGAUCCUGACGACGUUCAAGCCGCUGCAGCGCGGCGUGUCGGCGUGCAUGUCGUGCGCAAACACGAAGGUGGUGCGCGCCGUGCACAGCCUGCUCUCGCGGCUCAUGGACAAGUUCCCGACGGAGUCGUCGACGUCGAGCGUCGCGUCCAAGCACGAGGAGCUCGAGUGUCUGUACGCGUGCGUCAGCAAGGUGAUCUACGAGGGCCUCGCGCAGUACGAGAAGUCGGCCAGCAGCUCGCCGUCGAGUCUUUUCGGCACGCUGUUCAUCCUGAAGGCGGCGUGCUUCAACAACCAGUGCUACAUCGAUCGUCUCAUCACGUCGUUCAUGCGCGUGCUCCUGAAGAUGACGCGCGAACACCUGUGUCCGUCGUCGUCCGAGGCGAAUCCGGCGACGAGCGAGCUUCUCAUCCUCAGCCUCGACCUCGUGAAGAACCGCGUCGGCGUCAUGAGCAGCGACAUGCGUAAAUCGUUCAUCGGCACGAUCCUCGUCGGCCUGCUGGAGAAGACGCCCGACAUGAAGGUGAUGCGCGCCAUCACGAAGAUGGUCGAGGACUGGGUGAAGACGAAGAACCCGAUCCACAUCAACCAGGGCCCGUCGCUGCGCGAGAAGUCGAUCCUGCUCGUCAAGAUGAUGCAGUACAUCGAGAAGCGCUUCCCGGACGACCUCGAGCUGAACGCUCAGUUCCUCGAGCUCAUCAACCACGUGUACCGCGACGACGCGCUGCGUGGCACCGAGCUGCACAGCAAGCUGGAGCCCGCCUUCCUCGCCGGCCUGCGCUGCCCGCAGGCGCCAAUACGCGCAAAGUUCUUCGACAUUUUCGACCGCAGCAUCCGCCGGAAGCCGUUCGACCGGCUGCUCUACAUCGUCUGUUCGCAGAACUGGGAGUACAUGGGUCCGCACUACUGGAUCAAGCAAUGCGUCGAGCUGCUGCUGGCUGUCGCCGUCACCGGCACGUCGAUGUCCGGCUGCCUGCCCGCCGGUCAGCUGCCGUCCGUCAUGUCCGUCAUGGCGUUCGCCGACGGACAGGAGCGCGCCGAGUUCACGAUGAUGACGAAGAUCAAGGAGGAGCCGAUGGACGUCGAGUCGGUGAAGGAGGACGAGGAGAUCGACAUCGAGAUCGGCGGCGGAGCGGACGAUGGCGUCGCGGCCGGGCUCGGCAAGGACACCGCCGUGAAGAAGGACGCUCACGACCCGAAGCAGAACCUGCAGCUGCUGCUCACGCGGCAGGCGAAGUUCCUCGAGGGCCUGCGCGACGUCAAGACGGUGACAUUCCUGUCGGCGCUCGCGCAGCUGUGCCACGCGAACACGCAUCUCGCGCACGACGUCUGGCUCGCGCUGCUGCCGCGCCUCUGGAAGGUGCUCAGCGAGCGGCAGCAACAGACGCUCGCCGCUGAGUUGCAGCCGUUCCUCUGCAGCGGCGCUCACCUGAUUCAGAAGGACUGUCACCCGAGCGCGGUGAACACGUUCACAGAGGCGGUCGCCGCGUGUACGCCCAGCGUGUCGAUCAAGCCGGCCGUUCUCAAGUACCUCGGCAAAUCGCACAACCUGUGGCACAAGGUGACGCUCAUGCUGGAGCAGAUGUCGCACGAGGGCGGGGCGGGCGCGGGCGGGGGCGGCGGCGGGGGAGCGCUGAGGGCAGGCCGCGCGGCCGACUGCUACGAAUUUGAGCCGGUCGUCACGCCGCAGCAGGAGAUUCUUGACACGCUCGCCGACAUGUACGAGGGAUUGCGCGAGGAGGACAUGUGGGCCGGCCUGUGGCAGAAGCGCGCCAAGUACACCGAGACGAAUGUCGCCAUCGCCUACGAGCAGCACGGCUUUUUCGAGCAGGCGCAGACCGUCUACGAGACGGCGAUGGCGAAGGCGCGCUCCGACCACAACUCGCAGACGGCCUCUCCCGCCCUGCACAGCGAGUACCGGCUCUGGGAAGAGCACUGGAUCCGCGCGGCGAAGGAGCUCAACCAGUGGGACCUCCUGCUCGAGUACGGCAACGCGAAGGGGCACGGCAACCCUCUACUGAUCCUCGAGAGUGCGUGGCGCGUGCCCAACUGGUCGCUGAUGAAGGACGCGCUGGCGCAGGUCGAGCUCAGCUAUCCGAAGGUGCUCGCAUACAAGGUGAACAUGUACCGCGGCUACAUCGCCAUCUGCCACCCGGAGGACCACCACCUGAGCAUCAUGGACCGCGUCGUGGAGCUCGCGAGCAGCCAGGCGAUCAAGGAGUGGCGGCGGCUGCCGCACGUCGUCGCCAGCAUCCACGUGCCGCUGCUGCAGGCCGCGCAGCAGAUCGUCGAGCUUCACGAGGCCGCGCAGAUCAACCAGGGCCUGCAGCCGGCCAACAUCGGCCGCACAAACAGCCUGCACGACAUGAAGUCGAUCGUGAAGACGUGGCGUAACCGGCUGCCGAUCAUCUCCGACGACUUGAGCCACUGGAGCGACAUUUUCACGUGGCGCCAGCAUCACUACCAGUUCAUCAUCAGCCACUACGACAACCACGCGCAAGCCGACCCGCAGACGAACCACUCGAUGCUCGGGGUGCACGCGUCCGCGCAGGCGAUCAUCAACUACGGCAAGGUCGCGCGCAAGCACAACCUGACGGGUGUCUGCCUCGACUCGCUCAGCCGCAUCCACACGAUCCCGAGCGUGCCGAUCGUCGACUGCUUCCAGAAGAUUCGCCAGCAGGUGAUGUGCUACCUGCAGAUGGCAGGCGCGAUGGGCAAGGCAGAGCUGCAGGAGGGCCUCGAGGUGAUCGAGUCGACGAAUCUCAAGUACUUCACGAAGGACAUGACGGCCGAGUUCUACGCGCUCAAGGGCAUGUUCCUCGCGCAGACGGGUCGCUCGGACGAGGCGAACAAGGCGUUCUCGGCCGCCGUGCAGAUGCACGACACGCUCGUGCGCGCAUGGGCGCUCUGGGGCGACUACCUCGAGCAGAUCUUCGUAAAGGAGCGCGCGACGCACCUCGGCGUCUCCGCGAUCACCUGCUUCCUGCACGCGUGCCGGCACCAGAACGAGACAAAGUCGCGCAAGUACCUCGCGAAGGUGCUCUGGCUGCUGACGUACGACGACGAGCGAUCGUCGCUCGCCGAGGCCGUCGACAAGUACUGCGUCGGCGUGCCGCCUGUCCAGUGGUUGCCGUGGAUACCGCAGCUGCUCACCUGCCUCGUGCGCAACGAGGGCCGGCUCGUGCUGAACCUGCUCAGCCAGGUCGGCCGCAUGUACCCGCAGGCCGUCUACUUCCCGAUACGCACGCUCUACCUGACGCUCAAGAUCGAGCAGCGCGAGCGAUACAAGAGCGGCGGUGGCGAGCCGGCCGGCGGCGGCGACAGCAAGGGCACGGUGACCCCGACGAGUCUCUCGGCACCCGUCACGCCGCUCGGCCCAGGAAUGCCUCCUGCGAUCGCCACGGCGACGGCGACGACGACACCGGUUGCCACGACGAUCGACGCGCUCUCGUCGACGCCGGCCGGCGCGUUGGAGCUCGGGCAGGGGGCGCUGUCGACGCCGCAGGGUGACGGGCCGCUGCGGAACGCUGGGCUGGAGCACCAGCUCGGGCAGCCGCCGCUGUCGGCGCCGCAGGGCGAGGGUCCGAUCCGCGCGACGGCACCGAUGUGGCGAUGCAGCCGCAUCAUGCACACCCAGCGCGACCAGCAUCCGACGAUCCUGUCCUCGCUCGAGGGCAUCGUCGACCAGAUGGUCUGGUUCCGUGAGAACUGGUACGAGGAGGUGCUGCGGCAGCUCCGGCAGGGCCUCGCCAAGUGCUACGCGAUCGCGUUCGAAAACCGCGGCGCGGUCAGCGAGGUAGCGAUCACGCCGCACACGCUGAACUUCAUCAAGAAGCUCGUUAGCACGUUCGGCGUCGGCUUCGAGAACGUGUCGAGCGUCGCGAACACGUUCUCGAGCGCGGCGUCCGAAUCUCUCGCACGCCGCGCGCAGGCCACCGCACAGGACCCCGUCUUCCAGAAGAUGAAGAGCCAGUUCACGGGCGACUUUGACUUUGCGAUGCCUGGAGCGAUGAAGCUGCACAACCUGAUCAGCAAGCUGAAGAAGUGGAUCAAGAUCCUCGAGGCGAAAACGCGCCUGCUGCCGAAGUCGUUCCUCAUCGAGGAGAAGUGUCGCUUCCUGAGCAAUUUCUCCCAGAGCACCGCUGAAGUGGAGCUGCCCGGAGAGUUCCUGCUGCCGAAGCACAGCCACUAUUACAUCCGCAUCGCGCGCUUCAUGCCACGCGUCGAGAUCGUUCAGAAGCACAGCAGCGCCGCGCGCCGCCUCUACGUGCGCGGCCACAACGGCAAGGUGUACCCGUACCUGAUCGUCAACGACGCCUACCUGUCGGAUUCGCGGGGCGAGGAGCGCGUGCUGCAGCUCAUGCGCAUGCUCAACACGUUCCUCAACAAGCAGAAGGAGACGAGUCGACGCCUGCUUAACUUCACCGUGCCGCGCGCUGUCGCCGUCUCGCCACAGAUGCGCCUCGUCGAGGAUAACCCGUCGUCGGUGUCCCUCAGCGAGAUUUACCGGCUGUGCUGCGCGCGCCACGGCACCGACCACGAUCUCCCCAUCGCGCGCUACUACGAGCGCCUCGCAGCUGUGCAAGCACGCGGCUCGCAGGCCAGCCACCAGGUGCUGCGUGACAUACUGCGCGAGGUGCAGACGAACGUGGUGCCGCGCGGCAUGCUGCGCGAGUGGACGUGCCACGCGUUUCCAAACGCCACCGACUACUGGACGUUCCGCAAGUUCUUCACCGCACAGCUGGCGUUGCUCGGCUUUGCCGAGUUCGUACUGCACCUCUCGCGUCUGAACCCGGACAUGCUCUACGUGCACCAGGACUCUGGCUUCCUCAACGUCGCCUACUUCCGGUUUGACGUCGACGACGUCAGCGGCGACCUCGAUGCGAACCGGCCCGUGCCGUUCCGGCUGACGCCAAACGUCACCGAGUUUCUGACGCCGACGGGCGUCGCGGGCCCGCUGACGGCGGCGAUGGUUGCAAGCGCGCGCUGUCUCGUGCAGCCGCAGUACAAGCUCGCGUCGUUCCUGCGCGCGAUUCUACGCGACGAGAUGAUCGCCUGGCACAAGAAGAAGCAGGAGGACACGCAGCCGCCGGGCAGCCAGCCGCAGGACAUGGAAGGCGAGCUGCUGAUUACGAUGGUGAACAAAGCGGUCGGCGCAAUCAACACGCGGUUGCAGAAUCUCGCAGCUUUCGAGGGUGCCGAGAGUCGCGUGAGCACUCUGGUGGCAGCUGCAAACAGCCACGAUAACCUGUGCCGCAUGGACCCGGCCUGGCAUCCAUGGCUGUAGAAACACAGCCACCCUCCACCCCACCCACACACAUACAUGACACCCGUGACCCCCCAGACAUGGCAACAAAUGCUGUGACUGCAGAUGGUAGGCUGUAGAUAGUGAAACCUAGCUGCGGACAGACCAGUAGAUUGCAGAUAUCGUAAACUGUCAAAUUAUGUAUGAUUAGGGUUCUCCCUAUUCAUUUCAAAAGGCAUAUAGUUUUUUAGUUGGGGAAAGGAGGCAGUUGUAUCCACACUCUGACACAUCCUGACUCAAUUACACCUGUCACUAAGCAGUCCCAAUACACAGGUACACCGAUGUGAACACACACCUAUGAAAACACAGCAUGGCUGUGUUUGGAUUGUCAAAGGUAAACACAGCUUGUAAUUAAACAUGUCGAUUAGGCAAGUAAGCUAUGUCGGAGGAUUGAUGGGCUGUCGCAAAUUAGCUUCAGCUUUGAAAGCUUCGGCUGCAUCGUUAAAUCAGGAAGACAUAGCUGCAGACACUAAAACGUGGUUGUACACAAGGUUGACAUUACUAUGUGGAAUUUGUGAUAUGUACGAUCAGAAGAAAAACUCGUGAUGAUCAUCAUCAUAAUCAUAUUGAAGAUGAUGAUAGUGAGAAAUGUGGAAAAUUAACUCAUAUAGAUAUAUUAUGUAGAAAAGAGAGUGCAAGCAAUGGCAUGUAUAUUGGAAAUUUGUUUGUAACAACAUAUAUACGUUUAUAACAAUAAAAAUCUUGAAAUGAUUAUUAGUGAUCCGGUUCAGCAGAGAAAGUGUAGCGAAUGCUAGUAUAAUAAUUGUUCAUUUAUAAUAUCUUGUUGCCCAAACAUCUUGGUCAACUAUGUAUUUAAAAGUAACAAUAAUGCAAGUUUUUGUAACGACAUGAUAAAAACAUUUAUCUAGGUAAACAUUAGUUGCCACGUUUAUUAAGAUUAUAAUGGUCUCCUGGACAUGGUAUAAUGCACUUUUGGAACAGUAUUUGGAAUGCAUAAAUGUAGCACAUAUAUGUAUAUUUUCAGUGCAUGGAUGGUAUACACUUGGAAUUUAAUCACAGGAAACUAUAAUCGAGUCUGCAAUGUUAUUUUGUAUGUAUUGGAUAUGGUAAACUGUUCUUAGUAUUAUUAGGGGGUAGAUAAUAGGGAAAAUUUCCCCCCAAUAUCUACUCCUGGUAUUGUGCAUAAAUGUGUACAAACUAGGUCUCUGUUAGUGUUUUAUGUUAUAUCAGGAGUAAAAAAUAUUUUGUUUCACUUCUAAUUAUAUACAUGUCUCUGCUUUCUUCAAGCUCAUAUAGAGGAUCUUGAAAUGUCAGUGCGAGCAACAUGGCUUAUAGACACUAGAUAUUGUACAUUUUGGGCAUAUCGCCACAAGUGUGAGAAAGGUAUAUACUUCUUGUAAUUGUUCUGAAUAAUUGUUUAUGGGUUCUCAUUAGUCAGGUUCAUUUUCAAGCAUUUAUUGUUGUGGUCAAUAUUCUGGCCCCUUUCUUUUCAGUGAGUUAUUUUGUUUUGUCUAAUUGCUUGCCUUCCUAUUAGUUAAGGCAUGCUUAUGUAUAGAAUAAAUAUUUUAGUAGUUUCGAUGUCAGUAAAUGAUAAAUUAUAAACGGUAAAUAAUAAAUUUCAUACAUAAAUAUUUUUUAUAGCUGUUCACCAUGCAAAAUAUGUAUGUUUGUAGUGCGUCUAUCUUUGGAUAUAUGUGUAUUCAUGCGUGGAAGACAUACUGGCCAGGUAAAAAAAUCUCCACGAAGUGUUAUUACCUAUUUACAAAAUUACAUUGAUAAAGCUUCUGGCUCAUGUACAAACAAAAUGGUAGUCAUUUAUAUAUAUUGAGA